GCAGGCGGAGAACAUGGAGGUGGAUAUGGUGGCGCAGGCGGCGAGCAUGGAGGUGGCUAUGGUGGUGCAGGCGGCGAACAUGGAGGUGGCUAUGGAGAUGCAGGCGGAGAGCACGGAGGUGGCUAUGGAGGUGCAGGCGGAGAGCACGGAGGUGGAUAUGGUGGUGCAGGCGGAGAGCACGGAGGUGGAUAUGGUGGUGCAGGCGGAGAGCACGGAGGUGGAUAUGGUGGUGCAGGCGGAGAACAUGGCGGUGGAUAUGGUGGUGCAGGCGGAGAACAUGGCGGUGGCUAUGGUGGUGCAGGCGGAGAACAUGGCGGUGGUGGAGGCAGUGGUGCCGGCGUUGGUUAUGGAGCAGGAGGUGAGCAUGGCGGUGGCUAUGGUACCGGAAGCGGUGCGGGUGCUGGUGCUGGAACCGGUUACGGUGCUGGUGGAGAGCAUGGAGGUGGCUAUGGUGGUGGCGGUGGUUCAGGUAGUGGUGUCGGGUAUGGUGCAGGAGGCGAGCAUGGUGCGGGCUAUGGUGCUGGAAGUGGCAUCGGUGGUGGAGCUGGUUAUGGUGCAGGUGGAGAACAUGGCGGUGGCCAUGGUGGCGGGGAAGGUGGUGGCAGCGGUGUUGGCUACGGAGCAGGCGGUGAGCAUGGCGGCGGCUACGGGGCUGGAAGUGGCACGGGUGCCGGAGGCGGCUAUGGUGCUGGUGGAGAACAUGGUGGCGGCUACGGCGGCGGAGGGAAGGGUUAUCCCGGCGCAUAGAUUUCCGGACACCGAAGGCUGUCUAAUGUUCUACGAUAAUAAGGCGGUAUUCACCCAUUCUGGCGAGCCUUUGCGCUAUGGAUAUGUGACCGCAUUGCGCGUGGGAUUUGAUAGAUAUGGAGUCCAUCAACAUGAUGUGCUGCUGCUUCUCGAGGAGUUGCUCGUAAGCCACGAUGGCUACAUCAAUGUACUUGUUUAGAUGUCUUCAGUAUCUCGUAGUAAUGGAGCUUUGUUAUCGCA